AUGUUCUCUUCACAAGCAUGUUCAGGUUUACACUCUCAUCAGAAAUUAUCUCCAUGUCGAUGGUCGACAUCUGCUGCGUCGUUAGGUGGUCAACGUGGAAGUACACUGCUUGAUCCAGCUGUUCAAAAGCCGCUGCAGUUACUGGCAUACAAAAAUGCUCACCCGAAGCGACAUUUAGUAUGUGCAACUAUUUCCACACUGUUAUUUUUUGCGACAGGUGUUGUUGCCGUUUUCUAUGCUGCCAAAUCAUUUCAUUGCCAAAGACAUGGCCAUUAUGAGCAAGCAUUGAUACAUUCAAGGCGAUCGUUAUCGUGGUCUUUGGCUACAUAUGUGAUUGCUUUGUUCAUUUAUUUAACUAUCGGUUUGUUUAUUUUUAUUCGUUCAAUUGAUCAUCAUUGA